AUGUAAGUGAGGCUUUAUACAUUCUCAGGCGAGUAAUUUUAUUUGGACAAAUACCUAGAAGAGGACUAUAUAGUACAUUGAUUCCCGAGUUAUGUAAGCAAGGGAAAUUAGAAACGGCAGAAGAAUUAUUAGAGGAAUUUGAAGAAUAUUUGGAUAUACCAGAUAUAAUUUUGUUUACAUCUUUAAUUUCCGGAUACAGCAAGAAAGGAAAAAUAUUUGAAAAGAUGAAUGCUUCUGGAAUAAUGCCAAAUACUGAAACUUAUAAUCAUCUCAUAUAUGCCCAUAGUCGAGACAAUUCAACUGAUACAUCAAAAAUCGAAAAUAUAUAUUUGCAGAUGUUAGCACAAAGAGUGGAACCAAAUCACUAUACUUAUGAACUUUUAAUAGAUGCCAUGUGUAAAAGAAAUAAUUUCUUGAAAGCAUCUAGAUUUCUUAAUGAAAUGAAAAGAAAGUUCCCAAUAACCAACGUAGCUUUGAAUCCCAUAAUUCGCCAUCAAACUUUAUCAGGAGACAUAAAUAAUGCAUUAAGGUUGUACAACCAAAUGAUUUCAGUUGGUGUAGAACCAAAUUUAUAUAUCUAUACGACAAUAAUUUCCCUCGCAACAGUUUCUUCGAGACAUUCAUUAGCUGUUAAAAUUUUUAAAGAACUUUUAGCAAAAGGCCACAAACCUAAUGUGUAUGUUUAUUCAGCUUUUAUUACAUCUUUGGUAAAAGCAAAGAAGACUCAAAAGGCAAUUAAAAUCUUUCAGCAGAUGGUCAGAGACAACGUGUCACUUAAUCAUAUACCUUUUACCGCAUUGAUUCAAAGUUUUGUUAUGACGAAGAGAUU